CUUCAUUCAAUAGGACCAUAAAAAAAUCUGAUUCCAUUAUCCUGUGAAACCAAUGGAUCGCUUUAGUACAAGGUCCAUACGCAUUGGACCAAAAGUGCAUAAAAAUAAAAAUAUUGGAGACAAAUGGGGAUUACAAUAUCACAAAGCUGUACAGGAUGUUGUAUUUAGUCAGCAUUGUAUACCUUUCAUGCCAACAGAACCACCAGCAUCCUUGAGUGAGGAGAUUGUAGAAUCUGGUCCAUUAUAUGUGUGUAGACAUUGCAGAGAUUGUUUUCGUUUUCAAAGCAGUUUUGAGGAUCACAAUGCACGGCAUUGUUGGAUUUUAGGAUUUUGGUGCCGUUAUUGUUUUGAUACAGUAUGUAUUCAUCCAACCAAGAAAGGUUAUACAAAAUGUACUGCGUGUAUACAAGAGAAUAGUAAAAAACGCGCAUAUUUACAAACAAAAUCUUUAAAUAAAUAUGUACGAUCGGGAGUAAUAAAAGUAUUCUACAAUCAGUGCCAAUUUAUCAAUCACAUGAAAAUGCAUCGAUUAAGUGCAGUAAAUAUGGGUGAUUUAAUGUUAAUUCCUCUACCUCUUUCUAUGAGCAAUUGUGAUUGGUCUUCUGAAUUUGAGAUACUAUGCGAAGCACUUAUGGAAAUGGCAUUUUUGUUACGCAUACAUAUUAUAGAUUGGUUAAAGGAGCAUAACUUGCAAGAUAAUUGGUGGAAGCUGAUUAAUGGCAAAAGUUCCGACGCUAAUAUAAAGAAAAUUGUCAAUAGUUACCAGGGUCGACAAUUGUUUGAAUCCUAUGAUAAGUCAACAAUCGAUACAUUUACAAAUUCCAAUUCUUUUAACACUACAUAUAAUAUUAACAGAAACUCCCCAGAUAUUGAAUUUAUUGAUAAUGAUUCUAUGGAUAAAAAUAUAAAUGAUUAUUCUGCAGACAUAAUUUCAGAAAAGAAUAUUAUAGAAAAUGAAGAUAAUCCAUGUACAUCAGCUGAUAUUACUUUUGUGGAUUGCGGUCCUACUUCACAUUAUUUUGAGCCAGAAAUACCAAUGAAGCGAAUGAGAAAGCAAGAAGUAAAAUCUUAUCGCUCAGCUAAUGUUAUCAAAAUGAAUAAUAAAAUAACAUAUAAAACUUUUAAGGAUUGCAAUUCAGAUGAAACAAAUACGAUUCAUGAAAAUGUUAUUAAAAAAACUACAGAGAACAAUCUUAGCAAAUUCAGUAAUCCUAGUAAUAUAACCAAAACUGGCGUUAGCACAAUUCUGGACAAUUCAAUUAAGAUUAGUAUCCCCUUUUCUGCUACAAAAAAUUCAAUAAUUAAGACUAAUUUAAAUCAGUCGAAACAAAGUCUUCAAACAUCAAAAGGAAAUAAUAAGAUAUUAAAUAUCCAAGAUCCAAAGAAUAUUACAAUAAUUAACCAAUUUCCAUCUCAUCUUAUUUCCAAUCAGAAAAUAGUUCUCAUUGGACAAGAUUCAUGUAAUGUCACAUCCCACAGCGAGAAUGAAUUGAUUGUCAAAAAAGAUUCAAGCAAUUCAGUAGUAGAUAAUAACAGUUCCAAUACAUCAACACAGAAGAUAUUUGAUUCCAAUGUCAACAAACAAGAUAUUACUGAAAAAAUUAUAAUAAAUAACGGACAGAAAUACGUUAUUAGACAUAUAAAAAGUAUUAUAAAGGAUCUAAAAAACUCUUCUAAUUCAUCAUCUGUGAAAAACAUUGCAAAAGUUACGAAAAAAUUGGCAUCUAAACCUAACAUUUCAAAGCCAAUAAUGUUAAAAUCUACUAAUUCUAACGAAAUUGAAAAUGGUAUGCAACAAACUACUUUACUUCCUAACAAUAUUUCGCUCUCACCACCUUUACCAUCUCCUUCUGAAUUAUCCAACAAAGACUCAUGCGUUAACAAAACUAUAAUUAUGCCAAAAUUACAAAAAAUGCCUCCACAUUUGAUUCCAGUAUCUGUUAUGCAUUCGAGAUAUAUGUCGGAAAUAAUAUCAUUGAUUAAAAAAGAAAAUGGAGAUCUUUAUAUGGAUGUAAAAUUAGUAGAUCGUAUUGCGAAAGAAAGCUAUCUUUCUGUGUGUGAUGUAAUAACAAAAUAUAGACGAGAAAUGUUUGAUGAAUUUCAUCAAAUAAAGAGCUUUGAAUUGCAAAAACGUCUCGAGCAUUUACAAUAUGUUAAUGAUGAAAUGAAACACGUUUUGAAUUUCAUAUCACUCAACGUUUUUCAAGAAAAGUUAAGAGCUGUUGAUACUCUCAAAUGCAUAUUAGAGGAAUGUCUCCGUAAAUCUAACCAGAACGUACAGCGUGAGAAAAGAAUCGAUGACGUGAUAUUAAAUGAAUGGGAAACGAAGGUAGAUCGAGAGCAUAAAUGUCUAUCAUGCAAUAGACAUAGGAAAUCUGAAUCAUAUAUAGCUGGCUUUUCAAAAUUGUCUGAGAAUGAAAAUAAUUAUUGUUCUUGUUAUAAAGAAGUUUGUCAUGAGUGUCAAUCUUACCAAGGUGGUAUUUCACGGUUUAUCGCGCAUCAAAACUUUCAUAAGAAGAAAAAACCUUUUACUUGUCCAGAUUGCGAGUCCAAAUUUAAGUCUCCUAUAUCCUUAGAAGUUCAUACAUGGACUGUUUGCUUUCAUACAUUGAAGAAGGUUACAUUUGGUUGUAAAAUUUGCGAAAUAGAUGGUUUUAGAGAUUUAGAAUCGAUCACCAGACAUUUUGUUAUCAUGCAUAGCAAUACAAGGAUCGGUUGCGAGGUUUGUAAUCGAGUAUUUACUUCAUAUAAUGAGUACGUACAACAUUAUACAAAGACACAUCCGCCGAAGACAGAACAGAAGCCAGUACGACUAGUAAUAUACAAACUAAGCAAUGUAAUCUUACGUUGCGAGAAUUAUAUGCCAUACUUGGAGAAGAAUCCUGUAAUUCGAAAAUUAGUAUGGUUUAAAUGUCCUUUUUGCCAGUUAAUAACUACAGAUAAUAAACAUGUGGCGAUGUUAUUGAACACUCAUUUACGAAACAAUCAUGUAGAACCCUUGUCAAAAAUUCUUAGCGAAAAAGCAUUUGCUUUAAUUUUCGGUGCAAAAGCUCUCGUUUUAAAAACUGAAAGAGCUCUUUUGAGUGGUACCAUGGUCGUACCUAAAAUUGUGAAUACUCAAACUAUUAGUUCAGAAAUAUUCGAACGUGGCUCUCAAAAUAUGGAACAUAUAUGGCCUACAAAUACCAAUAAAGUUGUUAACGAAGGUUCUCAAGUAAUGAAGAAUAUUAAUGAUGAGGAAAAUAGACAAUUAUUGCCAAAAAUAGUCAGCGUCGUAUCGAUGAAUGAUUUAAGGUCAUCCAAAUCUGAGAAGGCAAUCACGAAAUUUUUAACUGAAACAAAAACUGAAUCCAAUUCUCCGUUUCUUCAAUUUGCAGUUAAUUAUAGUGAUGGAAAGAUGAUUCCACAUGAAGAAACAGUAAUGAAAUUAGAUGAUAGCAAAUCUAAUAAUAAGGAAAAGACAAUAAAGGCAAAAGAACUUGAUAAAGAUAAAAAAUUGAUAAUGAAUACUUCACAAAUUCCCGAAUUUGAGGAAAAGUCUUCAUUAAUAGACACAGUUAGACAUAUUCCAAAUUUGCCAAUUGUAUCGAAUGAACAAGUUUUAAAUUCCAUGUUCGAAACAACUACAGAUAGCCGUAUAAAAAUAGUUGAUAUUAAAACAAUAUGUAAAUCGAACAUAGAGCCACUUGUUAGUACAGAAAUGUGCAGUACACAGAAAAAAGAAGAAAAUGCAAGUAACAUGGUACCUAUACCAAAACCUCCUCCGCUUACCAGGAUCCCACAGCAUUUACUUAAAUCUAUAGAAGUCAUCAAGUCAAAAAAUAAGCCGACUAAUGACUCAAUAAAUUUAAGCUCGAAAUCUCUCGUAGCUGAUAACUCAAAAGUGUGUACGAUCUCUCUAGGAUCGGAAAAGGAAGAAGUUAUUGAUUAUCUAUGCCAUUUAUGUAAUGAACGGAUUAAUACUUCUCAAUUCGUAAUGGAGGCACAUUUUCGUAAAAAACAUUCAGAUGAGUACAAAGUGGCAAUAAUUACUCCGCGAUUAUCACGGAUGUCACACGAUUUUAUUAAUGGCGGCUAUAAACAAUUUAUUAAUAAUAGAAAACGGAAAUCGGAUAAUACUUUACCUAUAUCUAAAAGAAAACGUCGAUGGACGCAGAGAAAACAUAUAGAAAUAAAGGAUACGAACCCACCAGUAGGGUUAUGUGUGGAGCAAGAAACAGCAGAGGACGGUGAAGGUAAUUUUAUAUGUAAGAAAUGCGGACAACAAUGCUCUAAUAUGUCCAAUUUGAGAGAACAUAUUGCUGCUAAUCAUCGAUUGAAGGGGCGUUAUCUGAUAUGCUUAGAAUGUGGCGAGAACUUUGUGGUUGCACCCAGCUUGCAGAUGCAUCUCAAAGCUUUUCACGGUAUAGAAGAUCCUAUCAAUUAUAUGAAUCAAAAUCCCUCUUACGCUCCUAAUCUUGACAGUGACUUGCAAACUGAAGAGAAAACAACGGUAGCUAAUCAGUGCUACGUCUGUAUGGCAGUUUUUGAAGAUAAAGCUGCAGUAGACAAGCAUCUGAGGGUGCAUGGUAUGGCUUUUUUGAAUCGUAAGAGGAUAGAGGCGAGAAACGCUUUGGAGAAAAAAACCACUGUGGGGGAGAAUAAGCAAAAUAUUAAAGAUUCAAAAGAAACUGCAAAACAAGACAAACCAGUGGAAACCAUCUUGGAAAAAAUUAGUGCGGCGAUAUAGCUAUAGAGGAUUAAACGUAUGAAAGAAAGAAGAUAUGUGAAAGAUAGCAAUACUAUAAUAUAAUGGAUUCAUUAAUCUUACUUAUAUUCUCGUUUCUGUAUA